GCAGCCGUGCGGGUCAGUGUGGCCUGGGACGGGGUGAUAUAAAGGCGGGGCAGGCGGAAGGAGGGUCAGUACGUGUUUAGUGGUGAAGGGAGGCGGGUGACGACGUGUGGCUGGCUGUCGGCGCCACGGUGUAACAGGUAUCUCACGGUCACGAAGCACCAGGGGGAACAAGAGGCAGGUGUCCAAAGCAAGCACCGAGAACACUAAUGAGCCGGUGAACCAGAACCAUGCCGUCCAUUGUAAGACUCUCGUGAUCACAAAAGAAGACGAACAAAAUAACAUUGGUAUUAAAAAGUGAAAGAGGAAUCUGGAACACUGGUACACGAAAAUUAAUAGAUAAAAGAGAGAAAGUGAAUUAAAGAGAAACUAGAAACAUUGAAAAUAGGAAAAAAAACUAAUAAAUAAAAGAAAAAAAAGAGAAAGUGAAACAGAGAAACCUGAAACACUGAAAAAAAAACAAUAUAAAAAAAAGUGAAAGACAAACCUGGAACACUGAAAAUACGAAAAGAAAAACAAACGAGAGAAAAAAAAAUUAAGUCAAACCUGAUAUACUAAAAAUCCGAGAGAAACACUAACUAACACACCGUAAAGGGAUAAAGUGCGAGAGAACCCUGGACUCCAUACCUGCAAUCAGUGACGUUGAAAGGAGGAAGGUAAAAUAAAGAUAAAAAUCAACAUUCGACUGACAUCAGGAAGACAAUGCGUCGACCGGCCAACCUUUACCUGGCAACACUGUGGCUGGUGUCUAUAAAAGGAGCGUGGAGCACUGGCCUGCCGCGGGUGUGGUGGCUGCCUGGUACUGCCGUCGAGGAGGGAGGCAUCAUAGCGCUUCAGUGCCAGGUGGCAGGGGUCGGGCCAGCCAUAUGGUUGAAGCUGGACCCACAAGACCCUAACAACCACGAACUUCUCUCACACGGUGAUAUGCUCAUCAUGGAAGACCCAAGAUUCUCCGUCAGCCACAACCGUCGCGAGAACAUAUUCGUGCUACAGAUCGAUGGUGUCUCUGCGGCGGAUGCGGGGAGUUACCAGUGCCAGGUGCCGGUCAGCCCAGAGGAGGAGGAGCUCAAGGUGGAGGCCGCCCCGCCUGUUGUGGUGACGCUAUUAACUGAAAGACCGGACUCCUCCUCGUCCCUCCCUUCCUUCAGCCCCUUCUGCCUCCUACUCCUCUUACUCCUGCUGGGGCUGGCAAGAUAAGGGCGUGACACUCAAGAGGACAGAACUCAUUUAAGAGGAGGAAGAAGUGUGAUAGUAUUCUAAUGGUUGGCAGUGUUGGUGAAAGUUGUAUUCAAUAUGUUGGUGGAAUAUAGUGUGUUACAAGAUUUGGUGUGUUGGUAGUGUUGGUGAAAGUUGUAUUCAUUAUGUUGGUGGAAUAUUAAGUGUGUGGUGAUAUUUAUGCUGUAUUAGAAGAGGUGUUACAAGAUUUGGUGUGAGUGUUGUGACUGUGUUGAGUGACGAUGUGACGAGUGUAUGUGAGGAUUCUUAGCUUAAAGAUUUGUAAUGUAAUGCUGUAAUACACUAAUUUUUUUGUAUUCCUGUUGACAGCAUAAGAUACUUCGUUACUUACCAUUGUAUUUUGUAACUUUCUUUCUUGACUAAUUCACUAAUUCAUUUGUUUAGUUAUUGCUGUAUUUCUGUAAUUGAUUUUAUAUUAUCUUGUAUGUAGACUUAAUGAAGGGAAGGUGCAGUGAUACAGAUUCUAUACAAAAGUGUCUUUAUGGGCAUAGCUACACGAUGAGGCAGUGAUACAUAUCCUAUACUGCAAUGCUGACUGUAAAUCGAGUGGGUGAAGAAUGCACGUACACUCUUCUCCACUCAGGCAACAAUGAGUGAGGUAAAAAUGAACCUUAUUUUGUACUUAGCCAAUACUGAACAGAUGGGGAAAUAAAAAAACUCUAUUUUGUACCUUGACAUAAGGCAGUGGGGAGCAAAAUUAACUAUAUUUUGUACUUUGGUAAUACUAAGUGAACCAAAAAAAAAAAAACUAUUUUGUACUUAGAAAAAAAGUUCAGAAUGUAACCAAUAUUUUGUAUUUUGAUAAAAUUAACAGGGAUAAAAUAAACACGUUUUUGUACUUUGUCAACA